GACCCUUCACUACUCUACUGCCGUGCUUACUACUUACUAUAAAGUACUAAUAGGAUAAACAACUCCUCUGGUUGGCCGUUCUCCACAUCCAUCGCGUGUGAAUGGACGAACCGUCAACCUAUCAGCCGCCAAACCGUCCACCCAUUGGUACUUCUGAUUAUAUAGUAUCUCUCGCCUAAUCUCAAGUACCGCUUUCCACCUCCACCCAGCAAAGGCAAUACUUGGUCCCCCGAUCCCUUUCCCUCAACCCAUCACCGUCAUCACCGUCCCCCCCACGCAUUAACCACACGGUUUCGUUGUACUCGAGUACCAAUACUCCAAUACACCAUACACACCAUAGCUUUAGCAAUCAACGCCGCCGCCCUUUCACCUAUUGAGUAAUCAAUCCAACCGAUAACAGCAUCAUUUCCCUAGCCGCGCUUAUACUAUACUUCAUUUCAUCCAGACAAUCUAUCCUCACAGAAACCCUUCGACCACUUCUACAACUUCGAACACCUCCCACCACUACCUCAUAUAGCCAGACCAGCUCCCCCGCGCCGCCAAAAAAACGCCCGCGAGGCUCCUACACUCAACACUGCGCUGUGGUUCAUCAUGGUGCGUUCGCGAUCGUGACAUUCGCCUUGAACGGUCACACUGCUGCGUCUGCGACUGCGACUUGACUUGACUUGGUUCUACGAUCGGACUAUACGUCCCCACGCCACGCGCAGCGCCGGUCUGAGACAUUGACACGACGGAGACGGGUGGGAUAGAAAGAGAAGGACACCAAGAUGGAGAAUAUACAUGGGGUGGAUGUGUCGUGGUUGCAUAAUACAAAUAGUAGAGAAAGCACCCGCUCCACACGAUCAGAACGAUCAACCUCCCUCAUAUCCGACGUAGCGCGCCGCUCAUCCCCAGCCCCCAAAACAAACGGCACCACAACCACAACCACCACCUCCGCACCGCGCGAAACCCCUCCCUCAACCCCCCGCCAGAUCCCCCAACGCGCCGGGCCCCCCGCGCGCACAAUCCCAGAGAGAGUAGGCUCUCCCUCGAGCCUGCCCGGAAAAUCGCCCCUCCAGGGCCCAACCGGCAUCCGUCGUAACUCCUGGCUUUCCAGCAUCUCCUCCAAGUUCUCCUCCUCGCCCUCCAGCGCCCAGCCCGCUGCCGCAGCUGCAGCUGGUAGCGAACAGACACCGCGCUCGCCUGUCGCUCCGCUAUCAAGCACACCUGAAGAAGAGGAGCCGCGCCCGCCUGUGCAGACGGCGCCGCGGAAUGCGGUACUCCCGCAUGGACAGAGGGCGGGGGAUGGCAAUGCGCCGUACACUCCUGUCCCGCCCAAGUCGACGCAUCCGAAUUUCCUGACUAGUGCGCUGAGGCGGCUGUCGUCGGGGGGGCAGCUUGCGUCGUCGGGAUCGCCUAGGGGGAAUGGCGGGAUCUGCGAGAGGAGGAUACUUAAUGUUGAUAUGGGGAGGGAGAGGUGCUGUAUGCCAGAGCUGGAUCAGGCGAAGUUGAGGAGGGUGGCGUUUUGUGUGGAUGUGGAGAUUGCGAGUCGCCCAAGGUAUAAUGAUGAGGAGCCUGUGGAGAAGGCGGUGGAUAAGUCGAGGAAGAAGAAGUUGGGGGAGAAAGGGGAGGGGGAGGCGCUGAAGCAUGCUACUGAGGUUAAGGAGCAGAAAGAGAAGGAUGGGGUGGUACAUGUAUCUGGGGAGCAGGUGGGGAAGGAACCGGCUAAGGAAGGUACAGAACCAGCGACGAACGGCGUAGCGCCUGCCUCAGGGGAGAAAACGAUGACGCGCAAGAAGGAGAAAAAGAAGAAGAGCGACGAGGAGCGCAAGGCCCGCAAGGAGAAGAAGCGCAAGCUCGCCGAGGAAAGCGGGACUAUCCCCGUCGAGCUCGUUAGAGGUGACAGCGAUAGCUCCGCCUCUGGCGCGUCUGCAACAGCGCCUAUACCACGCUCGUCAUCCUCGCCUACCACGGACCCAGUCCGUAUCUACCGCCGCUGCUGCCAGCUCCGUGAGACUCCCAUCUUAAAGAAGAUUACUGAGCAGCUUGCCCUCCCAUCCAACACGACCGACAAACCCGGGGUCGUUACGCGCCUAGAUCUGACGGACUGCUGGCUUCAGCUCGCCGAUCUAGCCACUCUGGGUGACUAUCUAGCCGUCGUCCCUAUUAAGGAGCUCAUUAUGGAGAAUUGUGGCCUCACCGAUGAAGGCGUACGCAUCAUCCUCGCCGGUCUCCUAGCCGUCAGCUCUCCCGACCAGGUGAAGCCACGCCGGUCUCCAUUAGGAGGCCACCAUGGCGCUACUGCAACGGUCCCGCGCCACGGCGCUGUGCAGCGCGUCACUCUCAAGAACAACCCCAAGAUCGGGCGCGAUGGGUGGAGACAUAUUAGUUUAUUUGUUAAUAUGUCGCGCUCGCUGCGGAACCUGGACGUCUCGAUGAUUCCAUUCCCGCAGGCUGCGUCGCCAAAGUCCACGGAGCAUGCGUCACCUGUUAUUGGUGGUUUUUCUGGUGCAGCUCCAGCGACACCCGCAAGGACCGGCACUCCAGCGACAGCAACAGCAACGGCAGCAGCCACAGAUCCAGCAGCGAUAUUAUCAAAAGCUCUCGGCACGCGCCUCGCAGGCGCCGAACUCGAGCUCCUCAACAUGGCCGAGACAGGCCUAAUAGCCCCCCAAAUUGGCCUCAUUGUCGACGGCGCCAUCCAAACAAGUCUCCGCCGUCUCGGGCUCGCCGGCAACAACCUCGACGCCGAAGGCAUGGCGCACGUAGCGCGCUAUCUCGAAGCCGGGAAAUGCGAAGGCCUCGACCUAGGCGGUAACCAGCUCUGCGACCUCCUCGACCCACUCGUCGACUCCAUCUCCCCCUCUCACCCCCUCUUCGCCCUCUCCCUUGCCAACUGCGGUCUCACCCCCGACCAGCUCGCAUACCUCUUCCCCGCGCUCGUACGGCUCAGCAAUUUUCGCUUCAUAGAUCUAAGCCACAACGCCGCGCUCUUCGCCACCAAACCCUCCGCCGUGCACCUACUGCGCAAGUACCUCCCCCUCCUGCAGUCGCUAAAACGCAUCCACCUCUCGUCCUGCGCCAUGUCCCCCGAACAAGCCAUCGCCCUCGCGGAGAUCUUCCCCGAUUCCCCAGGGCUGGCACACGUCAACCUCCUCGGGAACCCGGAACUCACCGCCCUCGCUACGGCAGGGGAAGAGGGACAACAAGAGGAAGCGUGCGCGCUGUACGCUUCCCUUAUGGCUGCGGUUCGCGUAUCGAGGAGUCUGAUAUGCAUCGAUAUCGACCUCCCCUCCGCGGCGUCGAGCGAAGUCGUCAAGGCCCUCGCGAAACAGGUCGUCGCUUACUCGUUGCGCAAUAUGGAGCGUGGCCCUGUGGCGGAGAUAACGCAGGAUCCGUCUGCGCCGCCCCCUGCUGGCGAGACGCAGCGCGAUGAGGUCGCGGUCCCGGAUGUGCUGGCGCAUUUGGUGGGGUACCAGUAUAAUUCUAACGCAGAUGAUGCGGAUGACGAUGCUGAUGCUGCGUUCCAUGGUGUUGAUGGGGAGGGCGCGGGGGCGCCGGAUGAGGAUUACGUUAUUGGUGGCACUGGCGUUGUCAAGGCGCUCGGGAUCUGCUUGAAGAAUCGGUCGGGGGAUUCGAGAAGGGCUAGUAUUGAUAGGGAUCGUAUGAGGUCGUCUGUUGAUUUGCGCAGGGGUGAUGAUGGUGCGGCGGCGGGUGGUGCAAAUGGGGCGGGGAGGGCGAGGGAUAUGUCGAAGAAUCUGUUAGGGAGUGCGAGGAGAAUCAGAGCAAGGUUGCAGCCGGCGCUGUUGAAGGAGGCGAAGGAGUCUGGGGGGUUGAAUUAUCACAAACUCCUCUUCCUCGACCAAACCCUCUCCCGCAUGAUCACCCGCUUCGAAAACGAAUACCCCGACACACGCCUCCCCCCUUCCCCACCCCUCACCACUGCCCUCCCCACCACCUUCCACACCCCCUCCGCCCCCGCGCCCGCCAGCGCCUCAGCAGGGGACUACGCGUACCCCGAUGAAACGGCUCUGUCGGAUGAGGACAUCGAUGCUGUUCCUGAAGAGGGCCGGACGAGCCGCCCGAUAUUGUCGAGACAUAAUUCGGAUGUUUCGCUUGCGUCGAAGGCACUGUCGCAGGAGGAGGGGAGGAUGUUAAGGUUUGGUGCUAAGUUUGGGGGGGAGGAGGAGGGGGAGGGGGAUGAGGAGGGACUUGGGGGGGUGGAGAGGGGAGAGCUGGUUGCUGCUGUUGAGGCGGAGGCGGAGAGGGUGAGGGUUAGGGAGGCUGGUGGGGAUGUUUAGUCAACCUCUGCUUCGUCGCCACAUCCCUCCCUCCGCGGUGUGCACACUGCGUGUUGGUAGAUUUGAACUGUUCCGUUUUGUCUCGCGCUGUACAUUUUUUGGAACCUUGUUUGCUGGAGGUUCUGUCUUUCUGCGCGGGGUUUUUAUGGAGAAUAGGGGGGUUUAUUUGAUUGGAGGGCUCGGGCAUUUUCUUGGGGGGCGCUGGAGGCGCCUUUUUUUUAUUUGUGAUUUCAUGGUGCUGGUGAUGGAAGAGUGGGGGGUGUCAUAGAUAGUGUUGGACUUAGGUGGAUGGGAUGAGAGGAGAGGAGGAUGAGAUAGUUAUUGAAGAUGAUAACCUGUAACUUCCUUCACAUCGCCCGUUCUAUGUCUUGGGUAUUCUAUCCCCCGGGAAAUAGAAUCAGUAAAUAUAAGUCAAGAAGCCACUUUCCGAACAAGCCAUGGGAAAUAUUCCACUGGACGGAACAGUAACCCCAUAAAUAGCCACUGAAUCAACAAUCGAAAUGAGAAACCUGUGGGUGUUAAAGGUCAACUCAAAGUCUAG